AUGGCGCCAACAUCCGUUUCUCCGGCCUUUGACAAAGUCGGCUACUGGUCUCCCAACACCUCAUCAAUUGACUGGUGCGAGAACAAUUACACCAUCUCCUACUACAUCGCCGAAUUCUGGAACAGCACAUCGAGUAUUCUAAUUGCAACACUGGCAGCCAUCGGGUACAUGAACCUAGCAUCUUACAAGGAGCGCAGGAUGACGCUGUUAAUGCAGGCGUUUUUUACGAUUGGUGUUGGGUCUACUCUUUUCCAUGGUACUCUCCGGCAUAAGAUGCAGCUCCUUGAUGAGCUACCAAUGCUGUACGCGGCGACAAUAGGGAUGUUCAUCUGUAUCGAGACCCACUUCGGAAAGCAGGGUCCCUGGUUCCCCAUCGUCCUCACCGCCUGGAUUGCCACUACAACAGUAAUCUUCUCAACAACUUCGGGAACACUCCAAUCCCUCAGCUUCCAACUAACCUACGGAUCCAUGAUCAUCACCGGCCUAAUCUUCCUCCGCAUCUUCCACACCACCCGCCGCGCCAUUCGUCCCACACCCCCUACCGUCUCCCGUCUAAUCCGUCUUACUAUCUCCUCCAUGUUCCUCGCCAUUACUGUAUGGUUGAUUGACUAUAACUUGAUCGUUGGUGUCAAGAAGAUCGAUUCAAAAAUAUUCAAUGAUUAG